AUGCUCUGCAAAUCUGUGCUUGAACCACUUAUUGAGUUGUCUAUAUUUUUCAACAUGCUUGGAGCGAAAUGCUUAAGAGUAGAUGAGCUAGAGCAAAUAGAAGCCCAAAUUCCUAUAACUCUGUGCAAGUUAGAAAAGGUCUUCAUUCCUGCAUUUUUUGAUAUCAUGGUCCACUUGCCAAUUCAUUUAGCAAAUAAAGCUAAGAUUGCGGGACCUAUUCAAUAUCGAUGGAGGUAUCCAGUGGAGCGAUGGCUAUACUUUUUGAAGUCUUUUAUUCGUAAUAGGGCUUGCCCAGAAGGCUCCAUUGCAGAGGGAUAUUUAGCAACUGAAUGUAUGACCUUAUGUUCAAGGUAUUUGCAUACGAAGGAAACAAAAUUUAAUCGCAAUGAACGGAAUUAUGAUGGUGGUGCUAUUAAAUCUGAUGGAGGUUUAGCAGUUUUUUCUCAACCUGGAAAUUUUUUAGGCAGUGUCGACACAGCGGGCGUUCUUGAUUCAUCUGAAUUUGAGCAGGCACAUUUUUAUAUUUUGAAGAACUGUGAUGAAAUUCAACCAUUUCUCGAAGAAUUUUCACAAAUUCCAGUUGAUACGUCUAAAAACAAUUCAGAUAUCGAAUGGAAUAGACAAUUCGUUAGUUGGUUAAAAAUAAAGGUUGACAUGAAUCCAUCAAAAUUUGAGAACUCUGGAAUGGGAUCAACUUUCAAGACUAAUAAGCAUGCAUACAUUCCACCUGGUGCCUUAGCAAGUAGACGAGGGAAAAGGUUAAAACCUUCGGGCUCCGUAAGAGUAAUGGCUGAACAAAAAACUCCAAUUGGCCAAAGUAAAAACUUCAAUGCAUCCAGAUCUUAUCAACAUGAGCCAUCACAGAAUAAUAUCCUUGUACCUCCUAGUUUUGAUCAAAUUGAAGAUGAUGUGUCCCUCUCUACAGAAGUUCAAGUGAUGCAAGAUACUCACACAAAUGAAACAAGUCCUCGUGAAUCUGACAAAGCAAAAAAGGUGAGAGGAAAGAACAUUUGUAAAAAUGUUGCAAGACUCAAACCUGGAGAAAAGUUGAGCGUCACGUUUUACCAGAAUCGAGCUGUUGGGAAGCAUGCUACAUCGUUUGUGAGACACUUGGGUAUUUUAGUUCGUGAUCGUAAUAUGUGCCCAUUGCGGGUACACUCCUGGAAGGACAUCGAAGAAGAUAAGCUAGAACACAUGUGGAAUGCUGUUACUGUAAGAAUUUAG